GAUUGGGCAACCAAACAUGUUCAAGGCGCGGGCGAAAAAGGACAAGCCGACACGGAAACGACCCGUGGAGGUUGACGAGGACGAUGGAGAAACUGAGCACCUUACGUUAGAGGAACUGAGAGAACUCAAGGAGGACCAGAAGUUCCGAGAGCGCAAGAGGCUGCAGGGAGACAAGACCGGUCGAAAGAUCGACUCAACAACCCCGUCCUCGUCUGCCUCGUCCGAUUCGUCCCUAUCCACGUUGAGUGGGCAGUUCACAGCCCAGUCUGCAGACAAGCCCUUUGAUGCUUUCGAAGCGAUCAAGUUCGUUUCACUGUCGCUUAGGCGUGUCCUCGUGAUCUUACGGCAUUGUAGGAACAAGUACAUUGAAGACAAGCUAAGAGAAAAGUACACCUCGACAAUUGUGACAACAGUUCCUCCGCCAUCGAAAGAGAGGAUCGAAGAGUUGGAGCUCUAUAGUAUCCCUGAGCACAUACGACUCAAGACCACAGAUGAAGCUGUCUGUAGAAAUGGGAGUCGUUCUGUGUCUCAUUAAGGUGUAGGUUGUCAAGCAACUUGGCACCGCAGUGUUGGCUCGGAACGCAAGUGUUCCCGAAAUUGACCUGCCUUCGGCUGAUCCUGCAAAAGUCUUGCAAGCUACGAAAGAAGCUCUUGUUUUAAGGCAGAAGAACCAACUGAGCACAACGGGCAGUUCCUCGCUCCCCACAAAUUACAGCACGAACUAUACGCAGCACAAGGACGACCACAGCAAGAACACACACGCAUCCAAAAAAGGCGAGGAAGCGAUCGACCAGCAAGGCGCGCUCGAAAGGAUUUCCCUCAAUCGCGUGAGCUCAGCAUCCUAGUCCACACCAGAGGAACCACACAGACCACCACCCAUUUCGGCAGCGGUCCACGAGUUGGUUAAUGACGUGAACCUGUCCACGGUCAAGUUGGUGGUUGUGCAUUCACGAACGAUCUUGUGGCGGUCGUCGCGGCGCCGUGAAUGUUCUUCGGGUUGGACGCAUCCAUGCGACAAUUGGAGAUGUUUGCAGCAUUUCGGAUCGAAAAGGCGAAACAAAGGAAAUUAAGUUUCGAAGGUUUGCCGGAUUACUGACUUUUUGUAUAAGUUGUGCGACAUCACUGGUGCGGACGGAAGACACGGCACCUUCUACAACUAAAGUAUUCAGAAAUACCAAUGUG